GUGAGAUCGCCACCAAUAAUAUAAAACAAUUUUCACAACGAUACCACCAACCAUUUCGGAGAAUUGCAAAACAGGCACUUGCACCAACAAUUUUAAAAUUUUGUUUGUUUUGUCUGAUAGGUGAGAUGGCCGCCAAUAAUAUGAAACAAUUUUCACAACGAUACCACCAACCGUUUCGUGAGAAAUUGCAAAACAGGCACUUGCACCAACAAUUUUAA